AUGUUCAUGUCAUCGGAAGUCGAUGAGUUACGGAACGCAUUGAAGCAUGGCGCUUACAAAUGUCAAGUCGUUUGCAGACAGCCAGACAUUUGCCCCACCACGUACUUUACUACGUAUAUAAUAAUGCGUAAAGACGAUCUAUCUAUCUAUCUAUCUAUCUAUCUAUCUAUCUAUCUCUCUAUCUAUCUAUCUAUCUCUCACAAUCUGUUUAGAUCUAUCUAUCUAUCUAUCUAUCUAUCUCUCACAAUCUGUUUAGAUCUAUCUAUCUAUCUAUCUAUCUAUCUAUCUAUCUAUCUAUCUAUCUAUCUAUCUAUCUCCCACAAUCUGUUUAGAUCUAUCUAUCUAUCUAUCUAUCUAUCUAUCUAUCUAUCUAUCUAUCUAUCUAUCUAUCUAUCACAAUCUAUCUAUCUAUCUAUCUAUCUAUCUAUCUAUCUAUUUAUCUAUCUAUCUAUCUAUCUAUCUAUCUAUCUAUCUAACGUCUCACCUUUAAAUGUCCUGUGGUUUGAGGUUAGUUUUGUCAGUGAGCAAAAAACUUUUGCAGGGUUCUCUCUUUUAUUGUUCCAUUCUGUCCUUUGGGAAGAAGGCUUCAGUCAUACAUACAUCUAUCUAUCUAUCUAUCUAUCUAUCUAUCUAUCUAUCUAUCUAUCUAUCUAUCUAUCUAUCCCCUUAUUUUUAUUGCUGGUUAUAUUUUCUAUCUAUCUAUCUAUCUAUCUAUCUAUCUAUCUAUCUAUCUAUCUAUCUUUUUCAGUCCAUUCACAUCUAUUUCAGUCUGUUCACAUUUAUCUAUUUCAGUCUAUUGACAUAUCUCUCUUUAUCUAUCUAUCUCUGUCUAUUCACACCUAUCUAUCUAUCUAUCUAUCUAUCUAUCUAUCUAUCUAUCUAUUGGUUUGA